CCGGAAGUUUACAAGUGAUGCGAAAUUCGAAAGUGAUGAGAUACAGUCGGCUUCUCAUCACGAGAUUUGUUUGAUUUGUUUUGAGAAAAAAAGUAAUUGUUCUCAAGUUAACUGUAAAUUACGAAUACUUGAGAUUCCAGAGAUUACCAUUUGGAACCCAUUUACUGCAUUGUUAAUAAUGUGAUUAAACGUCAAGUUUGGACAUGUCAAAAUACUGUUGUUUGACCAUGUUGACAAAUAUUUACUGCAAGAGCUGAGCGAAGAGAAAAACGGGCCGGCACAUAUAUAGGGACAGUGUCAAUAAAUUGCGUGUAGAAGAACAACUGUUUGAUGUCAAACUUAGACAGAACUAUGGAAAAGAAACAGAGAGGAACUGUCAAAAAAUCAGCAGCAGGUCAUGGUAAAGUUGUGGAUAAGGGAAAGGUUGGAAAGGCCAAAACAAUUGCUGUUAAACCAAAAAUCAAAGCACUGCCAGGAAAAAGACCCACCACCAAGGCACCAAAGAAGACUAAGCCUGCUCCACAUGUUGAGCCAGGUUAUAGUCUGUACUCCAGCUUAUCUGAGGAUUCAACUCAAGAAACCUGUGUCAGGCUGCUGAACCAGCUCACGGAGAAAAGGAAAACAGAGGCUGUAGAUCAUCAUACACAGUUUAACACAAGAUUAUCGUCCUCUACGCCUGACCCUGACCGAUUGUUUGUUGACAUUGACCAGCAGAUGAUUCCAGAGAGGGACACUUCCUCACCCCUGUGGAAAACUGUGCUGGCCUCUCAGAAUGUGGCAGCUAACAAGGACUUAUGUCCCACCUCAUGUUCAGGAUUCAUUUCUCAUCAGUGGAGUUCAGAAAGCACCAGUCAUCCAUUCAAAUUCCCUUCAGCCCAUGCUGUUCCUCUGAAGGCCCCUGCAGCCAUAAGCAAUGACAUGUCACAGAUGCCAUUUACUCCAUGCAAUCCACAAGUACCAGCCACACAAACUUCUAGCCAGGGGUUUGUGCCAAUAGGGUUGUGCAAUGACAGUGAUGCUGAGAGCCUUCAGCAGUUUCCAAUCAAAGAGCAUGCUCCUAGUUUGCAGAAGUUUGUAUCACACAAUGCUGAAGCUCUCUCAGACAAUCAGACAACCCCAGAUACUAGUAGGUCAGGUUAUGUCAACUUGCCAAGGCCAGCAGGAGGGGUGGGUAUUCCCCCUCAGCAGUCUGGAAUUCCCCAGUACACUCAGCAGAAUGGCCUCUUUCAGCUGAGGUCCCAAGUACCUCAACAACCUCAAGAUGGGCCUUAUGCCUCAAAGGUUCAGGCAUUUGACUCUUUUGAUGCCCCAAAGGUACCUCAAGGGUGGAAGUUUUUUGAGCAGUAUGCAAGUGGACAAAUGUCAUACCCCUCUCCAGUACCAGAAAACCAGCAAGAGUACCAAUAUGAAGGGAGUUAUCUCCUCCCACAGACUGUUGUUCCAGAAAAAGACACUCCCCCGUUUACUAUUCCGCAGCUUAAUUUAUCUGAUGAUCAUCAGAUGGAGAGAGGCCCAAAUCUCCAUGACACCCUGUCGACCAUCACAGGCUCUGUGAACCAGUCGAUGGAUACCCCUCGGACACUAUUCAGCUCUGGCUCACCAAAAAGCAGUCGGCAGGUUACACCCAAGAACUCUUCAGGUUCAUCAAGCUCAAAGAGUGUUCAUUUCCACAUCCAAGACAACCCGGUGAAGGAUUUAUCUAAAAGCAGCAGUAAAACUAGUCACGAAACACAGACAGACGAUGGAUGCUUAUAUCAACAGGCAGAUACUGGCCACCAGAUUAAUGAGUUGAUGUCUACAGGGGUACCAGCAAACAGCCACUCUUCAGUGCACUCUUCUGUACAAACUGAAGGUCAAAAAUCUGAAAAGUCAGCAAUAUCCCACGAUGAUAGUUCCCAGCUGGUAACGUCUUCUGUGAAAAGUGAUGUCCCAAAUCCAUGGAGUGGAGUGCAAGCCAAAGCAGGCAUGAAAAAACUACGAUACUGUCUGAGAGAGCUCAAGGAGUGUGGGAAGAUCAACAAGGACAAAGAAAUCAAACGGUUGGUGAAGGAUGUGGAGGACACUUUAGAGACUAUCCCUCAGUUAAAGAGUACAUUUAGUCUGCAGGCAGAGAUAGAUCUAGCCAUACAGCCUCUACGCAGUGAAAACGCUCAGCUCAGAAGACGUCUACGUUUGAUGAACAAACAAGCAAAAGGAACCCCAACUCAACCAACUGAAGCUAAAAAGGAUCUUUCUAAACCAGAUGAUUCUGUGUCACAAAAGAAAAUCACAGCACUCCAGAGGGAACUUAUAGCAGAAAAGGAAUUUAAAGUGAAACUAGCAACUGAAAUGAAAGACAUGCACACUCAGUUGCAGAAAAUGAAAGUAGAAAGGAGUAGACUUAUAGCUUCAGUCAGUGAAAAGGAGACAGAGGAGUUAAAAAUUAGACAAGAAUGUAUUCAGGAUGCUCACCAAUUCCGUAAUGACUUGGACAGUUUGCAGAGGCAAAUAAAGGGGGCACGCAUACAAUACGAGGCCUUGGAGAGGGAAAAUCACAUCUUACAAGUGACGCUACAUCAAAGAGACGAGGAAAUUAAACAACAGAAAGACGUUGUAGAGUCUCUGAGGGAGGCUGUUGGACAGGUCCUUCAGGAGCUUGAGGCCAGCAGGACAGGGGGAGACACUUCAUUCAUAUCCAACAACAGCUUCAGUCUGCAGCGUCUGCUUCAUAUACUGGGUGGAAAACAGAUAACAGGGAUGGAGCGCAGUGUUUUGUCUGAUCCUGGAGUUCACUCCCUCUCCAAUGUGUAUAAACCCCAGACAAGGGCAUCUGCCUUGACAGCAGAAUCCCUGGCAACACACAACAGGUUACAACAUCCAACUAAAUCUGGCAGCAGAAAGUUUGGUGAGGACAGGGAUCCAGUUGACAACCUGGAUGAGGGGGCACCAGUUGACCACAAAAGCAGCAUGUCUGACACUGAGGUGGAAUACCAGACCUUUGAUUCUCGUAAGAACACAAGGCAGAACUUACCAUCACAGAGACACAGAAGUUUAUCUGGAGAUGGAAAACAUUUUGAAAACAAUGGACAGCAACUUAUAAAACACACAACUCAUUACGGAAGAGAUGGUAGUUAUUUGACUGGAAUGCUAAAGAAACAUGACAGAAGUGACAACGUAUUCAUGGCUAAGAACCAGAGACUUCGAUUUGAAGAGGAGGAUACAUUUCCAAAAAGUGGAUAUGAAAACAGUAGUAGAAGAUACGGUCACCAUGAAGAGACAAGGUCAGAUUUGGAUACACAAUCAAAAUUCAGUGCAGCUGAAUCAAGAUACAGUGUUACCGAUUACUUCAAAAAGUAUAAUUCCCCCAAUCCAACUUUUAAAACCCAUUCCAGAACUAUGGAUCCAUCUCGAACCCAAGAAAGUUUUGAAGUAAGUGAUGUAUCUAAACCAAAUGUAACUCCAAGAAGUAAACCUCAUCGGCGAUCUUUGAGUCAGCCAGAAACAUCAGUGUUUUCAAAUAGUGAACUCCCUCAUUUCUCCUCACCUCAAAAACCGUCCUCACACCAAUCUUCCUUGACCCAACAUUCAAUUACCCAGAAAUCUCUGCUCUCUCCUCAGGACCGGCUAUACAGGGGAACAGCUUUAGAUAACUCCAUUAGUGCUAUUGAUGACGAUAAUAUUUCAAGUGUAUCAGGAAGGUCUCCUUCAUCUUCUUCUGUUGAUGAGAAGACGUUUAAAAAGGGGAUUGCUACUCUGGACGCAAAUAUCUUGAAGCUGCAACUUGCCUUGCAGAAAACCAAAAGCAUGUUGUCUUAAAUGUAAAUAACUUAAUAAAUUAAAUCUCCUAUUCAUGAAA